ACCAGAAAGAGGGUAAAGGAAAACAUGGCUAUCGCCAUACUCAGCUGACAACGUAUUUUGACGAUUCCGCGGCGUUUGCUUUUCUGGUCCCAUCUAGUGAAACUCAUAUUAUUGCCGUCUGUCUUACACGAGUGAUUUAAACGAGGCCAUGGGUCCUGUCAGGAAAACCGAUGGCGCCAGCAGUAGCAGCGGUGCGGAAACGACCAAACCGUACACCAGACGACCACAAGAUGAAAGGUGUCGAAAGCGAUUGCGCGUUGAGAGAGAUUCUGACGACGACGUGCAAAUAAUAGAAGACGAAGAUACAGGAUUGCCUUCUGGCAGAACUGGCCAGAAAUCAUCAAACAAAGAGUCUGCUGCAUGUAAAGAACCUGAAACAAGUGGAAAAAGUGGUUGGUUUAAGAGUUCUAGUACUAGUAAUAAGAGUAAAGCUGAACACAAAGGAAAAGGUCUCAAGAACGAAAGUACAUCAGCAGCCGAGGAGGCUGGCCCAUCCACCACAAUGGUAGACUACUACAAAGUUCUUGAGAUACAACGUUCUGCCACAACAACAGAUAUCAAAAAAUCAUACCGACGACUUGCCUUAAAAUGGCAUCCUGACAAGAAUCCCGAUAACCAAGAGGAAGCCACUAGUCGAUUCCGUGAGCUGUCUGAAGCAUAUGAGGUGCUAAUUGACGAAAAGAAACGAAAGAUUUACGAUCAGUAUGGUAAAGAGGGACUCCUCAAUUCCGGUCGACCUGCCAGCGGGCAUCAUAGAUCACGUUGCGAUCAUGGUGCGAAUUUUGGAGGCUUUGAUUCCUUUGGGUUCGGGUCACCGUUCGACUUCGGUUUUGGCUUCACUGGCUUUGCUUUCAGAGAUCCAGAAGAAGUAUUCAAAGAAUUCUUCCGUGGUGAUCCUAUGGCUGAUCUCAUGGAUGAUUUCUUCGGAAAUGAUCCAUUUUUUGGAGGCUCGAGGAACAGAAGCAACAACAACAAUCGAGCUCAGAGACCAUCUGUUAGUGGUGGAUUAUCUCGGCAACCCAACAACUCUCUCGCCAGUCCAUUUUUCUCGCCCAUGGGUUUUGGGUUAGGUGGUCCUAUGGGUCUGAGCAACUUCUUCGGUAUGCACGACAGUAUGGGAACUGGCGGGGGGGGCUCGGAAUUUUUUUCAACCACCACGUUUGGCGUCGGAGCCGGUGGACAGCCCGUCCCCGCCGUCAAACGAACUUCGACUUCUACACGGGUUAGCAACGGGAAAAAAAUCGUCACGAAAAAAGUCGUGGAGAAUGGAGUAGAAACGGUCACGGUCAGUGAAAACGGCGUACUUAAAUCGAAAACCAUCAAUGGUGUUUCUCAGGCUAUUGCAUACUAAUGUCAUAAGAACUUCAACAGAAAAUAAGAUUCUUUCCACGCAUGACAGAUCUACGAUUCAACUGUGGAAGGAAACGUCUCAAGUUUUCUCCGAUCAUAUGUGUAUUGUAAAUAGGUCCAAAGGCAAAGAUGAAGAACAAAAGAAAAAAAGGAAAAAAAAUUACAUUUAUGUAAAAUGGGGAAAUUGUUGUUGGUUUGAGAGCAGGGAAUUAUGUCCUACUCGUACUUGCUGAUGAAGGAAAAAAGGAACUGUUCGCUGCUUUCUUGGUUUGUAAAAAAAAACGCGUAAGUUGAAGAGAAAUUUUAUUCUCUGAAAAUUAAAUUCGCAGAUCGUUACUGAAAUAAUUGGGUAAACGUGUAUGUCGGUUGCCCUUUCUCGCAACCUCAUGCUUCUUUUUUUUGUCGUUGUCUUCUUUCUUUCACGUGCUCCACCCAAUUCGGAGUAGCCUAAAAGCGAAUUGAAAAUUUCCUUGCAUAAGUGAUCUUUCAUGGCUACUUGCACCAUGUUUCCCCUGAUGACGAAAAGACUGUGGGAAGAAAAUAGCACAGCAUUUCUUGUAUUCUUUAUUAUUUUUACUUACGCCAAUACAGCGUGCUGAUAAUUA